AUGGAUUAUCCUCGUCUAAUUGAAUGGAGAAAUGAAUACUUGGAUGCUAUAUCUAAAUUUAGAGAUGAAGGAAGACCGAUAUUUUAUCUAGAUGAAACAUGGUUCGAUACCCACGAUACUGCCCAAAAAGGUUGGACAGACGAUUCUAUUAAAUGUGCACCCAAUUAUCCAAUUAAUAGAGGUCAGCGAAUAAUUAUUCUGAACAUUGGAUCCAAAAAUGGCUGGCUUGGAGGGGAAAGUUUUUUACAAUUGGCAAAAAACAUUAAAGAUUCAAAGCUGGACUACCAUGAAAAUAUGACGAGUAGCUUGUUUAAGGAAUGGUUUGAAAAGAAGGUGUUGCCAAAUUUUCCUCCAAAAAGUGUAAUUGUAAUGGAUAACGCAACGUAUCACAGCGAACAAAUUAGAAAAAUCCCCGGUGUAGACGAAUUAGCCAAACGUGAUGGUCAUAAUGUAUUGCGAUUACCUCCUUACUACUGUGUCUUCAACCCCAUUGAAUUAAUCUGGAGCCAACUUAAGGAAAGUUUACGGCGAAACAACUGCUGUCCCAAUUUUAGUAGCGAAUCGGUGUCACAUGUUGUAGAAGAAAUAAAAAAGAUUUCCCCAACACUGUGGCAAAAUUGUGUUUCACAUGUUAUAAAAACGGAAGAUCAUUACAGAACAUUAAGCUCACAUAUUAAACCAAUCAUUAUAACAUUAGAUAACUAUUCUAGUGAAGAUGACAGCGAUAGUGACAUAAAGUUGUAA